UAGGGUUUUGGAGAGGGGAUGAAGCUGGCGCUCCCGCAGCAGCAGCUCUGGCGACUGCCGCAUCGCAUUGGCAGUCGGUUCGUCCAUUCGCUGCCGCCGUGCUCUUGCGCAGCACCACAGGGAGGAGGAAGAGGAGGUGAUCUUCUUUCUAGUGUUCAACAGCCUGCUGUUCCCAGACCGACUCUCACCGAUGAUGAGCUCCGAUUGUUUAAGGAAUUGCAUCCAUCGGUGCAAAGUCAGCAGCCAGAUGUGGGAGCGUUUCAGCAGCUUCCAAUGGUUGUUCCUGCCGAAGAGAUUUUGGCAUCCGCAUUGAAAGCAGCCAAAAGAGUUCCGCCGUCCAAAGCCAUCUCAAACAUCGCCAAGAGGGAGCGAAACCGCGGAGCAAGGCAGCUGGAUGCGUUGAUGAAGGAACUCUCAGUCCCUCUUACGACUUACUUCAAAAAGUUCCCCAGGAGCUAUGAACUACAUGCGUAUGAGAGGUCGCUUUUAGAGUUCACACUCGGAAAAGGCAAGUACGAAGAGAUCCUUGGCAACGUUUUAACUCUGAGGAAAAAGCUGACUCUGUGCGGGAAGAAUAUGGCCUCGCUGUGCUCCAAGUCAAGCACCAGAAGGGAGGCUGCAGAUCUAAAAGAUGAGGGAUUUCACGAGAUGACUGUUGUGUUCCACGAGCACGUUCAGUACCUUGAGGAUCUGAAAGAGACAGCUAAGACUCUCAGGAAGCUCCCGGUUGUCAAUCCUCGCGACCCAAUUCUAUGCCUAGUCGGAGCUCCGAAUGUUGGUAAAUCCUCUUUGGUGCGGGUGCUCUCUACGGGAAAGCCAGAGGUUUGUAACUAUCCAUUCACAACAAGAGCUAUUUCCAUGGGUCAUAUAAUGGAUUAUGCUUUUUCUUACCAGGUUACAGAUACUCCAGGUCUGCUCAACAGGAUUGAUGCGGACCGAAACGACAUGGAGAAGUUGACUUUAGCGGCACUAGCUUAUCUCCCAACGGCUGUUUUAUACGUGCACGACCUUACGGGAGAAUGUGGUACUAGCGUGCAAGACCAGUUUUAUAUCUAUAAAGAAAUUCGAGGAAGAUUUCCAAGCCGGCCUUGGAUCGCCGUGGUGUCUAAGGCUGAUCCUGCUCUUCGUGAUGGCGAAGAAGUGGAUGAGAUUGUGCGGUACAAAACUAGUGGACCACCUGGAGCGCUAGGGGUAUCAGUGGAGACAAAGCACAACGUUUCCGAGCUGUCAUCGAGGGUUUUGGAAAUGCUGAGAAGUAUCUCGGAUCAAAGUAAAGAGAAAGCCGCUGUGGAUGAGGAGUCAUAACAUUAUCCACCGCUCGUCCUAGCAACCAUUCAAGCAAAAUGGAGCUAAAGCUGUGAGUUUUUAUCCGCAAGACGUGCCUCUUAUAAAUACUAUGGUCGGAUAAGGCUUGGCUGGCUGCUCUUUCGCUGCUAACUGACAGAAGCUCCUCUCAUGGCGACAUCAGCAGCACUCUCCAUCUCCAGCGGCACUGUUGCGUCGAGCUCGUGUCACGUGCCCCGAAUGGGAUGGAGUGGGAUUCGUGAGGAACACUGGUUCAAAGCUGACCGUGAACGCUGCAAGGAAGGAUAACACCCAAAUCGCGUUGCAAUGGACGCCGAAAGCUUGGUAAGUUUUCUUUUCUUUUACAGGUUAGGUAGUAGAGUUUUGAGGAUUGGAUCGUCGAUCAUGCCAUGUCUGAUUUCUUCUGUGAGUUGCCUGCCAACAGGGCUGGGAAGUAUACGAGUGUUAGUUGAGAGGGCCAGAAAAAUCAAGACAAAUCAAAACCAAGUUAGCAUUUGACCAUGAUAAAGAAUUCCCACUCUCAAACGCGAACAUACCUAUGAAUUAAUUAAAACAGGUGAUUUAUUUA